UCCAAUACUUUGAUCCAUGACUGGUGCAGUGACCAACAAAAUAAGCUGACGCCAAAAAAAUGAAGGUUCGUUAAAUCAGCCAGCACACACGAGCCGAGCCGAGCCUCAUCGGUCGGGCAGCCAAUAGAUAAGAAAAUGCCCACGCCAUAGCACGCAAAUCAACAACAUUCUCCAACAAUACCCCCACGCUUUUCAACUCCCACUUUCAUCCACGCGCCAAUCAUCUUCCCAACAAUGUCGAGUGGUAGUAAACGCGCUUGUUGAAAGCGACUGAAUCGUUUUUUUUGGAUUUUCCCUCCAUAUUAUUCAUGACUAGAAGCAGCAAAAAGAACAAUUCGUUUCUUUUGUUCUUCCAUAUUCAUUGCUUCUUCUCUCCACUCAUACGAAAAAAAUUCCCUCUUCAUCUCUGUUCUUCUAUAUAAAAUAUAAUCCUUAGUUCCAUAAUUUAAUCAUUCGUAAAAGUUUGUAGUAGAGUCGAAAUAUUGUUUCAUCAAUGGCAGCACCAAUAGUGGACGCAGAGUAUUUGAAGGAGAUAGACAAGGCACGAAGAGAUCUCCGAGCUCUUAUCUCCGGCAAAAACUGUGCUCCUAUUAUGCUUCGUCUAGCGUGGCAUGAUGCAGGAACCUAUGAUUCUUCAACAAAGACUGGAGGACCUGAUGGAUCAAUUAGGAAUGAGGUCGAGUAUAAGCAUGCCGCUAACAACGGUCUAAAAAUCGCAAUUGAUUUUUGCGAAGAAAUUAAGGCCAGACAUCCUAAAAUUACGUAUGCUGACCUCUAUCAGCUUGCUGGAGUUGUUGCUGUUGAAGUAACUGGAGGUCCUACCAUUGAUUUCGUCCCUGGUAGAAAGGAUUCAUCAAGUUCACCAGAAGAAGGGCGCCUUCCUGAUGCCAAACAAGGUCCACCACACUUGAGGGAUGUCUUUUACAGAAUGGGACUCUCUGACAAAGAUAUAGUGGCAUUGUCUGGAGGCCACACACUGGGAAGAGCACAUCCAGAGAGAUCUGGCUUUGAGGGCCCUUGGACUAAAGAGCCUUUGAAAUUUGACAAUUCAUACUUUGUGACGAAGAAGCUUUCUUCAGAGACUAUGCGGUGUCGCACAAGAAGCUCUCAGAGCUUGGAUUCACACCUCCUUCAUCUUGCUUCAAGUUAGCAGUAAAGACCAGCACAGUGUUGGCACAAGGUGUCGUUGGAGUUGCUGUUGCAGCAGCUGUUGUAAUAUUCAGUUACUUUUAUGAAGUCAACAGGAGAAUCAAGUAUUAGCAUGCACACAUGUUCCAAGAUAUUGAUCGAAUAGCUCCAUAAUUCAAUGGCAUCAAAAUUGGGAUUGUUGUUGGCACCUCAAAGACUGAAGCUAGUACUAUUUCUUUAUGUUUCAUCAAUAAAUCUUGGGAUGUGCUGAUUGUAGCUACUCAAAGUGUAAAAUAAAAUGUCUUUGGUGCCUUUGAAAUA